AUGAACUCCCUGUUCCUGUCCCCCAGCGAGUCGGACCUCCAAACCAUCCAGAAGCGCUUCAAUGGCGUGGUGACCUAUCUCACCAGUGGCGGGAAGAUCAACAACGGCGCCCAGAAGACGAAGCCGUUUCUGCUGUACGGCGACGGGUGGCGCAUCCGUCAGGACAUGAAGAGCGAGCUGCGCAAUGCCGACGGAGAGACCAUUCCCAAGGCCGAUGGAUCGGGCAAUGUGCUCAUCGAGGAUGAUUCGCUGAUGGUGCAGAAGCAGCAGGAGGCGAAGACCAUCGCGGAGAAGGACGCCGUGGCUCAGGGCAAGUCCGCGAGCGAGGCCGAGGACCAGUAUCCCUACUGGAGCGAUUCAAUCCAGGGCUACACCUUCGACCAAAAAUGGGGGGAUUCGCCCACCGUCGGGGUCUUUGACUCGGGCUCCUCGGCCAUUGCAUUCACCCUCAUGGAUACCGACAAGGCGCUCAUCAACCUCGGUCCCAAAGCCCUACGGGGCGGCCGCCUGCACGCGGUGGACGUGACCGCCGUCGCCAACAGUUUGUUUGAGGACCACACGCCUCCCACCGGCAGCACCAUUACCUCGAUCGCCGAGGUGGCCCCCCAGGCCACCGCCAUAUUCCACGAGCUGUUCCACCUGGUCUGGGGCGACAGUCUCAUGUACCCCUCCGUCGGCGAGGAGUACCAGUUUCAACGGAUGACGGGCUACGAGAGCCGAGGCAGUGGGAAGAAAGCGUUCACCAAGAGAUACGCCAUGCGGAACCCGCAGAGCUAUGCCUACGCUGCGAUCGCCUAUGAUUACACGCAAAAUGUGCAGUACAAGAUUUCCAACAAGAAGUCGGCCCCUGUUGAGUUCUUCACGGGGUUUGCUUCCUACGAGAAGAGCUAG